AUUAGUAGCCUCUUACCUUUUUUUACCUUCACCCGUGACCCGUGUUGAUGUACCCUACCUUUCCUCACCCAGUAAAACUUUCCUCUAUUUGCCCGCCCCUGUCCUGAAUCCAUCACUUUUUGUUAGUGAUGUAAUGCUUCCAUUUUUCACCGAGCCGAUUUCGUUUUGUUUUUAUCCUUUCCAGUCAGUCUGGAUCCAUCUGUCGCCGUGUUACCGCUACCUGUAAAGUAAUAAACCGGCAGAGAAGUUGACGUUGGAAUUUCAAGUUGCUAACCAGAGGAAUCGGCCUGUAAUUUUAGCGUAUCUACUACAUAGUCCUCCGCGGCCGGAUGACUGUUUUUUCAGUCAUUUGCUUCUUUGUUCUUUGCUGAUUGCUUUGAAGAUUUGCGCUGUGAUUUGACAUCAAGAUGCCUGACAAGAUGAGUGAGGAAGUGGAGGUGUUGGUGAAGGACAGAACUCUGCUUAGAGAUUCCAGUAUUUUCUGGAGAUCUGUUACAGUGGUCAGAAUUCUGGGACCUGUUUGAGGUUGCUGUGCACACCAAUUCAAGGUAUGUGAAUGUACAGAAGUUCAGCAUACUAAAGAGCCACCUCUCUGGUUUAGCACUGCAAUGUGUUAAAGGUAUACCAGUGUCUGAUGCUUGCUACCAGUCAGCUGUGGAUGCAUUGAAAGACCGAUUCUGUAAAAUCGAGAGAGUGAGGGAGGAGAUCAUGAAAAGGUUGUUGAACAUGCCCAGUGUCAGUGACGACCUAUCUGCCAUGAGAUCCUUCAUAGACCAUCUGAUGUCACAUGUGAGGACACUGACCGCGAUGGGAGUAAGCUGUGCUAACCUGUCGAGCCUGCUUCUUCCCAUAGCCAAGGGAAAGCUGCCAGAGUCGUGGAGGCUCGAAUGGGCGCGCCAGCACCAGCCGGAUCCAGGGUUGGAGGACUUCCUCGGGUUUCUUCGCAAGGAGAUGGACAUGAGGGAGGAAGCCAACAUCGGCGCCAGGCAUCCUGUCCCUCCGGAACGGAGCCCACUGCACUCAGUGAGUAUGCUGGCGGUGAGUCGGAACCGAACAACCCCUGCCAGUGCUGCAUGGACCUGCGUGGCUUGCAAAAAGGAUAAACAUGGCCUGAGCAAGUGUCUUGACUAUCAGAGAAUGUCUGUUGAUGAUAGAUGGCUUGUAGUGAGGAGGGCUGGUUUGUGCUAUCAGUGCCUGGGGCCGCACUUUGCUCGUGACUGCCGCAGCUCCAACUGCCGUGUGUGUGGAGAGCGACACCACACCAGCCUCCACAGUGAGCCAGGACGCCAGCCCGGAGCUGGUACCCGUGACCGACGGCCGCCCGCACACCGAGCGGACAGCCGUCCCCAGCAACUGCCUCCCUGCCGCGAGGGGAGCUACCUACCAGAUCUGCCACCGCCAACGCCAGUUGGUCAGCAACCUCAACGUCCAGGUUGGUCGCCCGCUGUUCCCCGCCAGGCCAUGAAUGUCACCGCUGCUUGCGCUGUUGAUGUGCCACAGCCAGUCUUACCAACGCCAGUCUCACCACAGCCGCUAGUGCCAUCAUCCAGCACUACCGCUAGGGUGAAUACCGCUUGUGCUAUGCCCGACGUGCAUAUGACGCCGUGUGCUGUCGCUCACUGCUCACCUGAUGCUUGCCCGCUGGAGGCUGCUCCGUCUGACCGACCUGCUGCAUGCGAAAACUUGUGUUACAUGCAGACAGCUCUGGUGGAGGCGUCUGGACCGCGGGGUACCUGCCAGCUUCGCGUUCUUCUCGACGGCGGCUCGGACUCGUCGUACGUGAGGACAUCUGCAGCGGAGCUACUCGGUCUGCCCACGGUGGGGAGAGGUGUGUUCGCCUGCCUGGGCUUCCAGGAGCGGCUCGAGGAGCCGAGGAUGUAUGAGAAGGUGAGGCUGUCUCUGCGGAGCCGUCACGGUGGGGAGCCUCACGUCUUCGAUCUGUGGAAGACUGAUCGUCUCUGUUCCCAACUGACCCCCGCCCGACCGCCUACUGCCGUAUUUACACCGCAUCUUCUGCUUGCUGAUGAUUUUGAGGGUGGGCCGGUGGACGUGUUGAUCGGCGCCGACCUGAUGUACAGAGUUGUGUUGUGGGAGCAGGUGAAGCUGACUGACCAUCUCAGGGCCCUGGAGACUGUGUUCGGCUACGUCCUGCACGGCCGAGAUGGGUCACCGGUGGACUGCGAGCCGGUGGACUGCGCGUCUGUGAAGUACGCGCUCCGUUGCUGCCGGCUUCCGUCGCCAGACUUCAAGCCGGAGCAGCUCUGGAGUCUGGAGGCGCUCGGCAUCUCCGGGGACGAGGACGAGAGAUCACCGAUGAAGCCGAAGUGGAGUGACGCCGAACAGAGGUACGAAAUGAACCUGCUGUGGAAGUCUGAUGAUCGCCCCCUCUCUAACCUCAGCUCAGCAGCAGCCCGGAUCAGACGCAUGGAGGGACGGCUCACAGUCCCCGAGCGGGAAGCGUACCAGAGACACCUGGAAGAUCUGUAUAGAGCCGGCGUGAUCGAGACGCCGCCCAACGAUGACCUACAAGGGUUCUACCUGCCGCACCGCGGCAUCUGGCGCGGUGGAAAGCUGCGGGUGGUCUUCGACGGCUCUGCCCGGGACGCCACUGGCCACAGCCUGAAUGACUACCUGGAGCCGGGAAGCAAUCUGCUCAGACGUCUGCCUGCCGUGCUGCUCAACUUCAGACGAGACGCCGUGGGAGCUCAGACAGACAUACGUGCUGCCUUUCACCAGGUUUCGGUGUCCGAGGAGGACCGAAAGUACCUACAGUUUCUGUGGGACGGACAGCGUCUUCGUUUCCGCAGAGUUCCGUUCGGUAUAACAUGUUCCCCAUUCAUGCUGCUGCAAACUAUCUCUGUUCACCUGGACCUGUACUGUGGGGAGGAGCCGGGUCUGUGUGAGAAGUUGCAAUGUGGCCUGUACAUGGAUGAUGUGUGCACCUCCUUCUGCAGCAGAGCCGAAGCUGAGUCGAGCAUGUCGCGGGCGGAGGAGAUCUUCCGCGACGCAGGCAUGGAGUUGCACAAGCGGCGCAUCUCCGGUGACGCUGACAGCGAGGCCAACGUUCUGGGUCUUCUGUGGAACCCCGCCACGGACCUGCUCGCAGUGAGUGUGCCUGGCUUCCAUGUGGCCAAGACCAGGAGAGAGAUGCUGUCCCUGCUGAGUAAGCCGUUUGAUCCGCUCGGUGUACUCUCUCCGUGGCUUGUUGUCGGCAGGUCUCUGUUCCAGAGAACGUGGGGAGUCGGAUGCACGGUCAGCUGGGAUGAGGAGCUGCCCCCACAGCUACAGGAGGAGCUAGCAGAAUGGCUCACAGACGCACCAGACCAAACUGUAUGGUUCCCCCGCGCGCUGCUGACGAAUGACUGUGACGUCACCUACCAUGUCUUUUGUGAUGCCUCAAAGAAAGCGUAUUGUUGUGUCAUCUACGCUGUGCAGGGUGGGGAGUCCAGGCUGCUCAUGUCCAAAUCUCGUCUCGCGCCCCUGACUCCCGCCCUCAGCGUGCCCAGACUUGAACUGAUGGGUGCCCUCAUCGGCGCCAGGCUGAUGGACUUUGUCAGACAGGCGUUGAGUCUGGAGAGCCCACAAGUCGUCUAUUGGACCGACUCCAUGGACGUCAUCUUCUGGCUGAAGAGCAAGAAGAAGCUGAAGCUGUUCGUGCAGAACAGAGUGACCACCAUCCUCCAGUUGACUCAAGCGGGGCAAUGGCACCACGUAAGAGGACAAGACAACCCGGCCGACCUGGGGACGAGAGGUAUGUCCAUGACCGCUCUGGAGAAGUGUGAUCUGUGGUGGCGAGGACCGACAUUUCUCCGACAGGGACCUGAUACCAGGAUCUGCUGUGGACCGACAGUCGAGGCCGACAGUCUGCAGCCGUCUCAGGAGGCCACCAGUGAAGUGAAGCUGCAGAAGCCCCCGUUAAAGCUGACCCUGCUGACGACGCGAAGUGACACAAGUGAGACCCUACCGUUUGACAUUACGUCAUGUUCUACCCUCACACAGGCUGUGCUGAGGCUCGCGUGGGUGUUCCGUUUCGUCACCAACAGCCGCCUACCGAGGGAGGAGCGCCGGACGGGUCCGCUGACGCCCGAGGAGAAGAGACUGAGCCUCCGCUUCUGGAUCAGAGAGGCACAGGCCCGUGCCUACAGAGAGGAGACCAACGCCGUACGUGCCGGUAGACUGCUGCCGGCCGGCUCACCGCUUCAAAAGCUGCAUCCACAGCUAAGUGACGAUGGCGUGCUGGAGGCGACGCUGCGCAGUGGGGAGCGGGCUGUGCCUGUGCUGCCCGAUCUGGCCCAUGUCACCACUCUGAUUGUCGAUGACGCGCACCGCCUCUGCUUCCACCAGGGGACGCGGGUAACCCUCUCCCUGCUGACUGCUGAGUACGCGGUGAGGAGACGCACGGUGCGUCGAAUCGUUGAAACCUGUCGCCGAUGCCGUCGUUACCGAUGCGUACCGUACCGAUCACCUGAGGGAGCACUGCCCAACUUCAGAACACAGCCGAGCCGUCCAUUUGCCAAAGUCGGUGUCGAUUUUUUCGGCCCACUGUACGUUGAUCAGAGCCAGGCGAAAGUGUGGGUGCUUUUGAUAACAUGUGCCACUUCCCGUGCGGUGCACUUAGAGCUUGUUCGCUCACAGGCCACCGCUGACGUGAUCCUGGCGCUGAGACGGUUCUGCGCCAUCCGAGGGACGCCAGCUCUGGUGUACAGCGACAACGCUCGGACGUUCCGGGCCUUGCUUGGCCACCUACCCCGGUCGGUAACGUGGAAGUUCAUCCCUGAGGCUGCCCCCUGGUGGGGAGGGUACUGGGAGCGUUUGGUGGGCGUGACAAAGAAGGCUCUUCGCAUCACCCUACAUCAGUGCCACCUGACGUUUGAGGAGUUGUCUGCCACGAUGUAUGAGCUCGCUUUUUUCAUAAACCUGCGCCCCCUCACCCAGGGCGAUGGUGAAGAUCUCCUUACCCCCGCCCACCUGCUGUUCGGCGUGACGAGCAUAGACGGUGUCUUGUGCCCAACAUUGAAAGAGUGUUCCAUCAGCAGGGCCUGGCGUCACCAAAAGCGGGUCUGCGACCAUCUGAUCCGGCGGUGGUGUGAUGAGUACCGCAACGCUCUCCGCUGCUGGAGCGUCUCGCCCCGUGGACGACCUAGCCGUACACCGCGCGUGGGAGACGUGGUGCUAGUCCACAGUGAGAGGCCGCGCGGCCGGUGGCCUGUGGCGCGAGUGACGCGGCUGCUGGCGGGACCGGACGGCCACGUGAGGGCCGCCGUCAUCAGCCUGCGCGGGCGGAGCACUCGCCGCCCUGUCAGCCGCCUGUUCCUGCUGGAGGCGGCGGACUGAGUCGGACUGAGUCGUACCGGUGCAGUGAUCGGGACGAGUUACGUCGCCGCGAACUAUCGCAGAGUGCUGUGCCUUUUGUCGUAUUCAUCGUUCUGUUUGUUUUUCGAAAUCGGUCGUGCGCUCGAUUUCGAGUGGGGAGUGUGUUGUGAUUAGUAGCCUCUUACCUUUUUUUACCUUCACCCGUGACCCGUGUUGAUGUACCCUACCUUUCCUCACCCAGUAAAACUUUCCUCUAUUUGCCCGCCCCUGUCCUGAAUCCAUCACUUUUUGUUAGUGAUGUAAUGCUUCCAUUUUUCACCGAGCCGAUUUCGUUUUGUUUUUAUCCUUUCCAGUCAGUCUGGAUCCAUCUGUCGCCGUGUUACCGCUACCUGUAAAGUAAUAAACCGGCAGAGAA